AUGCCACCGAAAGUCAAAACACCAAAAACACCGAAAGUGAAAGUGGAACAACCUUUCAAAUAUGAAAGAAAUUUAAAUAGUAAAUUUAAAUUUGGAGCUCAUGUUAAUAUAUCAGGUGGAAUUUAUAAAUCAGUAACAAAUGCAAUGAAUAUAGGAGCAAAUUCUUUUGCAUUAUUUUUAAAAUCUCCAAGAAAAUGGGUUUCAUCAGAUUUAAAACCAGAAGAUAUAAAAAAAUUUAAAGAUCUUUGUAAUUUACAUAAUUAUAAUUCAAGAACUGAUAUUUUACCUCAUGGAUCAUAUUUAAUUAAUUUAGGAAAUCCUGAUCCUGAAAAAGAAGCUAAAGCAUAUGAAUCAUUUUUAGAUGAUUUAAAGAGAUGUGAAUUAUUAAAUAUUGGAUUAUAUAAUUUUCAUCCUGGUUCAAGUUUAGAUAGUGAUCAUAAAGAUUCCUUGAAGAGGUUAGCAAAAAACAUUAAUAAUGCAAUUGAUGAAACUGAAUUUGUUAAAGUUGUUAUUGAAAAUAUGGCAGGUCAUGGUAAUAUUAUUGGAUCUGAUUUACAAGAUAUAAAAGAUGUUAUAGAUAUGAUUGAAAAUAAAUCAAGAAUUGGUGUUUGUUUAGAUACUUGUCAUUCAUUUGCCGCGGGGUAUGAUAUAACUGAUGAAACAAAAUUACUUGAAUUUUUAGAUAAAUUUGAGAAAUUAAUAGGUCCAGAAUAUUUAAGUGCAAUACAUUUAAAUGAUUCAAAAGCUCCAUUAGGUGCAAAUAGAGAUUUACAUCAAAGAUUAGGACAAGGAUUUUUAGGACUUGAUGUAUUUAGAGCAAUAUCAAAUUGUGAAAGGCUAAAAGGUAUACCGAUAGUUUUAGAAACACCAGUUAAUGAUGAUGAUGAUGAUAUAUAUGGAGAAGAAAUUAAUUUAUUAGAAUGGAUGGAAGAUUUAUCAAUAGAUGAUCCUAAAUAUAUAGACCGAAAAGAAGAAUUAUCUAAAUUAGGUGAAAAAGAAAGAGCUGAACAUUUAAAGAAAUUUGAAACUAAGAGUAACAAAAAGAAAGCAAAAGAGGAAAAAGACCAAGCUGAUGUGACAAAAUUGGUCAAGAAGAGGAAAACAAAGAAAUAG